AUCCUUCGAGAAAUGUUUUAUGAAAUGUUUGUUUAUUUACUGUUUAUUUGUGCAUGACAGACACUUUCCCAGUAAUCGGACUGAGUGUAUUACAGUAACGUUAAUAGUUUUCUUUUUUACUUAUUUUUUUCUAAACACAAACGUAAUUCUGGAGCAACUAUAAUGCAUGAUCGAUGAUAUUUUAUAAACGAGACGCUCCUCUUUUCAUUAAAGGUUGUUGCAUAUAAUUUGGCUGCUUCAGUAUGGCCACUCUGACGAGGCAGGACCUUAAUUUUGGCCAAGUUGUUGCUGACAUUCUGUGUGAGUUUUUGGAAGUGGCCAUUCACCUCAUCCUAUAUGUCCGAGAGAUCUAUCCAUCUGGUAUUUUUGAGAAAAGGAAGAAAUACAACGUACCUGUGCAGAUGUCAUGUCAUCCUGAGUUAAAUCAGUACAUUCAAGACACGCUCCAUUGUGUCAAGCCACUGAUAGAGAAGAAUGAGGCUGAGAAGGUUGUAUUGGUGAUCAUGGAUAAAGAGCAUCAUCCAGUGGAGAGAUUUGUGUUUGAGAUCUCACAGCCUCCGCUGCUGUCCAUCAGCUCAGAGACUCUGCUGUCUCAUGUGGAACAGCUGCUGAGAGCGAUGAUCUUAAAAAUCAGCGUAUGUGAUGCUGUUCUAGACCAUAAUCCUCCAGGAUGCACAUUCACAUUGCUGGUACACACCAGGGAAGCUGCCACAAGAAACAUGGAGAAAGUUCAGGUCAUCAAGGAUUUUCCGUGGAUUGUAGCAGAUGAGCAGGAAGUUCACAUGGAAGAGGCGAAACUCAUUCCUCUUAAAACGAUGACUUCUAAUAUUCUCAAGAUGCAGCUCUAUGUAGAAGAAAGAACACAGAAAAAUGUAUGCUCUGCAAACACAUGAAUGCAGCUGCAGUUGUUUACCACAGGAAGCAGGAACUUUUUAUAAUCGCUGACAACGGGCCUAUUUAUAAACUAGGUUUUGCUAACAUGACAAGUAUGUUGAGCUGGACUGUGCAUUUUAUUAAGUAAGUUGAACUAAUGUUUGUCAGUAUAUCUGAAUCUUUUACCUCUGUUUAAUUUUUUCUCAUGUUCAUUGUGCUGAAAUUGUCCCGUUUUAUUUUAAAUAUAUAUUUUUUGUUCUUUCACUGCCAAUUUCUACCUCUGUGACUCCCGAUACGUUUACAAAAUGAGAUGUGGAAGUAUUGUCCAUUGGUAGUUCAUAAUAAUAAAUGCAUAACUUAUGUUAACAAACUGAACCUCAUUUUAAUGUGUUUACCCUGAUUAAGUCAAAGACAAUCAGAAGUGUAAUUCUAAUUUAUUGAUUUAAACUUUUUUUUUUUAAUUCACAAAGAUUAUUUUGAUGCAUUCUUUUGAUAUACUGUUAAUCAUUACAUCAAAAUAAUAAAAGUAACAACAACAAAAAUGUUUAAACAAAACCUCAGUUCUCUAGCCUGGUAAUACCAAAGUCUGCUACUUCGAUUUGCUUUGUAGACCGUACAGAAGCGAACAUAAACUGAGUAGAAGUCGAAGCCUGGCUAUCAGUUCUCUUGAUAAUUUAUACAACUGGGCAGUGGACUUUAGUUCAUUUUAUUGUGUUUAUUGUGUUUUUAUUUUCUCGGUAUUUAUCACUGCUGAAAUUGUCCUAAUUCUUUAUACAAUUUUAUUACCGCUUUUUAAAAGUGAGGUUGGAUGUAGUUUGAAAGCACAUAAAGUGCUUUACAGAUUUCACAUUAAAAACAGCUGUUACA